AUGGCUCUUUCUCGUUCUCUUCUGCUUUUGACUUUGCUUUCUAACACUCCUCCUGCGCCACAGCAACUCCGAAGGGACAAGUCCCACAAGAAGCCAAAGUCCAACUUCAUGCGUAGGAUGACGACCUUUCGAAAGGGCUCCCCAAACCACCCGAGGUCGGCCAUGAUGAAUGUCGCUUUUCUGGGAACCGCGGUUGCAGGACACAUGAGGCCGAGUGUGCGCGGCGACAGCACACUGGACGGGUUAUUAAAGACUUACAUGCCCAGCCACGAGUCGGUCAGGAGGCAUGUGGAGCGGGCCUACGACUUGGCCUGUGACGGCGACAGGGCAUUAUCCCGCGCCAACUUCAUCACAUUUUUAAAACGGACUCAGGGUGUGACGACUGUCGAACUGCCGGAAUUCGAGACGCUCACUUUCAAAGAGUUCUUCAAAGUCUGGAGCAGCAGGGACGAGGCAUGGAGCGCCGUGCGGAGGAUACGAGACGACGAAAACCCCAAAAACCGAGCCAUCAGCAACUACUUUAUCAGCAGCAGCCACAAUACUUACUUGGAGGGAAACCAGCUUGCGUCCAAGAGCUCUGCCGAUGCAUACCGUGCCGUUCUAAAAAAUGGGUGUCGUUGUAUUGAGAUUGACGUCUGGAAUGGCCCGACUUCUCGCUUGCCUUCCAAAUCUCCUCUCCCGGACCACCGGCGCCAUCUCUCGACCGCGUCUCUCCCGCGGGCUGCUGCUGAGACGUUUGAAUCAGUCAAGCAGGCUAUGUCCGCCAAAGUGAGCCUUCACAGCCGUUCCCCUAGUGUGAACCAGCCUUCUCUGCCAUCAGCUGAGUCUGGUGCAACUGCCGAGACCAGCGCAACAACCGAAACCAUUACAACAACCGAUUCGGGUGCAACAACCGGUUCGUGUGCAACAACUGGCUCGAGUGCAACAACCGAGGACUCGUCUGUGUCCAAUCGCAGAGGAGAGCCCAUCGUGCACCAUCACGGAACCAUGACAUCAACUGUUGGAUUCCGGGAAGUCUGCAAGGCCAUCCGACAGAGCGCCUUCGAAACUAACCCUUUGCCUAUCAUUGUCAGCCUCGAGGUUGGCGCCGACCGUGAGCAGCAGGAGAUGAUGGUGCAGAUAAUGAAAGAAGAAUGGGACGGGCUACUUCUCGAUACGCCCUUUGAGUUCUGCAAUCCUCACGAGCGGCAACCGCGUCUGGAAGAGCUGUCUAGGAAGAUUCUAAUCAAGGUGAAGCGGAUACAUGAGAGCACCGUGGAGGGCGAGGUCGACCGAGGGCGGUCUCUGCAUGUCACCUCGUCUAUUAACUCCAAGCCGCCCAUCUGCGAUGCGCUCGCUGCUUUGGCCAUCUAUACUCAUAGUGAGCAUUUUGACGACAUGAAGUCUCUGACGUCGCGGACCCCGAGCCACAUCUUCAGCUUGAGCGAGGACAAAUUUUUUGCCCUAUCCCAGGACGCCACGAGGCUGCGGAAGCUCAUCGAUCAUAACCGGCAAUUCUUCAUGCGGAUUUACCCCAAGGGUCUACGUGUCGACAGCAGCAAUCCCGACCCGAGCUUUCAUUGGCGGAGAGGUGUGCAGAUGGUGGCCAUGAACUGGCAGAAGACUGACGAGGGCAUGAUGGUCAAUGAUGCCAUGUUUGCCAAUACGAAUGGAUGGGUGCUUAAGCCGGCCGGAUACCUCAGCGACGAUCCGCUCAGUGUCGACUCGAUGCCGCAACAGACCAUGAAUUUGCGGAUCACGGUGCUGGCGGGCCAGUUUAUUCCACUACCCGAAGAUCGGAAGCAGAGUGGCGUCGGUGUAGGAGGUGACAAGAAAUUCCGCCCCCUUGUAAAGGUCGAACUACAUGCCGAGAAGCCGACCAAGCCGAUUGGUUAUGUGUGGACGUCUUCUGCCCGCGAAACAGACAACCCGGAUUGGGGCUUCGGUGCCUCUCCCUGCGAGUUCCUCAAUGUCGAAAACAUUGUUCCGGAACUCAGCUUUGUCAGACCUGCUUCUCGACGCACCUGGGUGCCUACGUCAGUCAGCCUUCAGGAAGGGAAAAUCACGAGACGGCGGCGGGCUCCUGCAUGUCUGGCGGGUGCCAGCUGCGGCAGGAAGCAAGAGAUGACAGAAUCGUUCGACGCAGCAAAGACCCGAGAACUCGCGCCGUUUUGCUGUUGGAUGCCGAAAUCCCUGCCCAGCUCUCCGCAAACGCCCAGUUGCUUUCCUUCUGUCACGAGCAACUUUCGUGAACCAUUGGUUGCGUGGGCCUGCAUCCGUCUUGAUCGCCUCCAGCAGGGAUACAGGUGCAUCGACCUCGUCUACCCGAACACUCGCCGCCCUAGUCCCGGCCAGCUCUUUGUCAAGAUCGACAAGGCGUUCUGGUCAUGA